AUGGAGCAGCAGCAGGGGGCCCCCAGCGGCCUCAUCAGUGCAGCAACAGGGGAGCCUUCUAGGGGCCCCACGCUGCCCCCUUCUCUUAAGCGGCUGCUCCCAGACUUCCUCAGCGAAAACCCCUACUUCUGUGCGGGCUUCGGCCUAGCGGGACUGGCACGUAGCCUGAAGGCUUUGUGCCGCCGCCGGCUGCUGACGUCGUUGGAGGUCCCCAUCAGAGACCCCGCCUACCCCUGGGUCAUGCAGUGGCUUGUUGCCAACACAGCAGCAACAUCAGCAGCAGCACCACCGCAACACCAGCAACAGCAGCAACAACAGCAACAGCAACAGCAGCAGCAGCAGCAGCAGCAGCAGGAUGUAGGUGAUGUGUGUGUGAGGUCAGAGGCAAGUGCUCGCUGCACCUGGGGGUGGAGACGACCUACGCCAAAGACGCAGCAGGCAACGCAGAGGCAGUAUUCAACGCAGCAGCAGCAGCAGCAGCAGCAGCAGCAGCAGCAGCAGCAGCAGCAGCAGCAGCAGCAGUUGCAGUAG